GAGGAUUCGAAGGAGGGCUCGGUACAGCUUGAAUUGACCGCACGAAGCACGAACGACAUGGACGGCGGGGAAAUCGCACGGCUCAAGGCCGAGUCUGCCGCGAAAGACGAGACACUCAACCAACUCAAGGUCAAAGCCAAGGCGUUUGCUGAAGCCCUCACGAACGAAAAAAAGUCCCUUGAAGCGCAACUGGCGCAGUCCCGAAACGAAAUGAACGAGCUCAAGACCAAGGCGAAAGCGUUUGCGGACAACGUCAAGGCCCAGAUCAUCGUCGAGAAGGAACGCGUGCAACAACUUGAAAAGCAACUCCAUGCGAAAGACGCCGAGUUGCUGCAACAACUACAGCAGCACGUGUCGAUCGCUGCCCCUCCUGAACGAGACGAAUGGAAGGCCCAAGUCGACCAACUCACACAACAACUGGCAACGGAUCGACAACUUCACGCGGAGCGGGUCGCCCAGCUCGAGCACCUUGCGCAGCAACGCGUGGCGGAAAAAGCUGUGCUGGAACAACAGCUCCAGCAACUUCAAUGGCAGCACACUCAAGACAGCGCGCAGCGUGAACAAGGUUCCGCCUCUCUAAACGAACAGUUGGCUGCUCUGCGACACGAGAACCAAGACUGCCAUCGUCAAGUGCAAAGUGUGGUGAUGGCACUGCAAGCGCUGACGUUUUCAGUCGCGACCAACGUCGAAGAGCUCGUGGCCGCCGCCCAAGCCGCGUGGCAGGCGAAAACAGCCCGCGUCGCUUCGUUGGAGCUGUCCGUGGCCAGUUUGGAAGAGGAAAAGCAAGUGUCGCGAACGACCUCGGCGUCGCUGUCGGACAAACACCGACAAGACAUGGCCGCACUGGAAAGCUCGAAGGAUCAAUUGCAAGCAGAUCUUGCCGCUCGAAUUGGCGAGUGCACGGUGUUGCGUGGGGAGGGAGUGGCCAAGGACUUGGAAUGCGCCAACCUGAAACGCCAGUUGGCACAAGCCACGGCCGACUUCGACGCGAAGUGUGCGGAAGCGGCGCAAACCGCUUCCAAAGGUCAGGAAACGUUAGCCGAGUGCGCAAACUUGAGUGGCCAGGUUGACGCUCUGACUUGCCAAGUGCGUGAGCUCGAAAUGGAGCUUAGUCAUGCGAAGUCGAACCACGCCAGCCAAAGCGGGCUCGCGGCGGCCCAUGCCUUGGCGCUAGAGGAAGCCGUCCGCGAGUGGAAGGCCAAGGAGGCGGCAUGGAACACCGCGAAACAAGACAUGCAAGAUGCCCACGACAAGUUUAUCAAGGACGAAGAAGAGAAAAAAGUCAAGGUGAAGGCGUACAUCCAAGCGUUGAGCGCUGAAAAGCAAAAAGCCGUCGAGGACGUCGAGAAACAGGUCAAGGAGCGGGACUUAGCGCAUGAGAAGCGUAUGGCGGAUGUGAAAGCCAAGACGAUGGCCAAGUUCGCUGAGCACGAGGCCGUGAUCAAGAAGAGCCAGGAAGAGCUCGAGGCCGUGCGCGCUCAGAUGGCCAAGGCCCAGCAGACGUACGAGGCUGAGAUCAAGGCGUUGCAGGCGAAGAAGAAGGAAGCGGAAGAUGAAACGAUGGAAGUUCUCAAGAAGAAGCGUUUGGCGGCAAAAGCCGAGACUCAAAAGCUCGCGAGUGAUUUGGAAGGCGUGCAGAAGCGGGCAGCCAUGUUGGUGGAUGUGACGGGCAACAAGUGCUCACAUCAGUCGAAACAGCUCGAGGUCCUGCAGGAACGUGUACUGGAAGCCAUCCAUGUUGUGAGCCACCACAAGAAAUGCGACUUGUCGUCGUUGAACGACCUGGCGCAAAUUGUUACGUCGCCGCGCAUGAACUCGGGCAACUUGCCUGGCCCGGCGCUUGGACUCAACAAGAUCGACGAGGACGUGAGUCACGUGUUUGACCAAAUGACCGCGCUCACCAACGUGACCGAGCGCCUCGUGGACCUGACGCUGGAAGAAAACGACCUGUCGCUCAAGGAGAUCGUCGUCGACCGCAUGAAAAAGCAGUUUUCGGCAUGCUUUGUGCAUCAGUACGCCAAGUCUGACGAAGAUGGGCUGCUCCGUCAACGCACUAGCUCCACCAUGCCUGAGUCGCCGUCGUAGUAACGUUACGAUUACAUGCUCAUUUAUCGAC